CCGUAGCCAAGGCGAAAACACAACACAGAAGAGGAAGCUUCCGAGGCACGUGGACCGCCGCCGUGUGCCGCAGUAUUGAAGGGCUAGAAGGAGGAGUGUCGUGGCGCGGUGGUGACCCUGGACUGUGCUUGUGGACGUGCCGGGGCUGUGCAAAGGCAGGGGCGGCAGCCAUGACGGAGGGGAGGCAAGAGGAUGAGUCUGGAAAUACCAUUGCCUCCGAUCUGCCAAGGGGCGUGGCACUGCUGGCUGACCUCACCACCAGCCUCCGUACGGCCCAGGCCACCUUUGACGCCCUGGCACAGCGGAUCAAGGACGGGGACCUCAGCACAGCGCAGGGCAUAAGUCUGCUUGAGCUGAAGAACCAGUCUUUCCUCUCCUACCUGGCCAACCUCACCUACGCCACCCUGAGCAAGCUGAAGGGAGGCAGGAUAGAGAGCAACCCUUGUAUAGAGCGUCUGGUGGAGCAGCGCGUGGUCUUGGAGAGGCUGCGGCCCCUCGAGGAGAAGCUCAAGUACCAGAUAGACAAGCACGUGAAGGCAGCAACAGAGGGUGUGGCGAGUGCGGAUGACCCACUAAGGCUGAAGGGUGACCUCGACAACAUAGGCUCGUCGUCGUCUUCCGAGGACGAGGACGAGGGGCAACAGCAGGGAGGUGGAGGCAAGAAGAAGAAGAAGAAGGGCGAGGAAGGGGAGGACAGUGAUGACGGGAAGACCUACAAGGCUCCCAAGAUCUCGCAGAUGAAAUACGACCUGGAGGAGGACAAGGACAAGGCCAAGGAAAGGGCGCGGCGUCGGGUCCUGAACUCCAGCAUGCUGCGCGACGCUCUGGAGGACCACACGGAGGACCCAGAGGUGGUGUACAACAUGGACGUACUCAAGCAGAAGGCCAUCAGGAAGCGCAAGGAGAUUGAGGAAUACGAGGAGUCUCACAUGAUCCGCAAACAGCUCACCAAGAAGGAGCGUGCGGCCCAGCGGCAGAUCACCACGCUGGGCACCAUGGGCUCGGAGAUGCUGGGCUUCACCUCCCUCGACCCGCUUCACGCCUCUGGGAAUGCUGACGACCCUGAUGAGCCCCGGGCCAAGAAGAUGAAGACGUCGGGUGCUGGGGCUAAAGGGAAGAAGGGCAAGGGCAAAGGGAAAGGAAAGGGCAAGAAAGGUUUCAAGAAGAAGAGAAAACACUAGGCAUGUCGGCCACUUACAUACAUAUCUCCCGUGUAUGUGUGUGUAUGCUGGGUAAGCUUGUGUACACUUGAAGGGUAGUGUAGGAGUCAGGGAUAUAAAGGUGUAUCUUGUUAUUGAUGUGUCUGGUCUCCUCCUGUGGUUUGUCCUACAGUAUGUGUGUGUGUGUGUUUGACUUGAUGAUGACGAGAGAGUGAGUGAGUGAGAGUGUGUGUGUGAGUGUAUGAGUAGGAGAGAGGACAGAGGAUUACAUAGAUUUACAUAGAUAUUCAGACCACACAGGCCCUAGGAGAGCAAGAUUAAAGAACAAAGUGUUUACUUAUGAUAAUAAAACUCGUCUCUCGUAA